AUGGAUGUCCCAGCAGCUUUGAUGAGGUUGUACCGCAAGUAUGCCAAACAAAAUCAGCAUGUUGGAAGAAAUUCCGAGAGGCCUGAUACAUUCUAUUGUUACGUCGGGAAAGGCCUCCCUGGAAACAAAGGAAUUUUCUUCAAUCUGAGUUCCUCUCAAAUUCAUACCAACAAAAUAGUUCAAUCAGCCGAGAUUCUAGUGACAGUUGAACUACGCAUUGGUCCUAUCCCACCCCUCUUCUGGAGUGGUCACCUUAUUCUGUUCGAUCAGUUUGACUGCAAACCUGUGUAUUCAGUCAAGAUUCAGGGGGGAGGUUUGAAGUCUAUUUCGUUCCCUGCCCACUCCUUGGUGAAGCGAUGGAUUAGCUCCCCUCAUCUGAAUCAUGGAGUCUACAUCAGUUUACAGGGAGACCAAGCUAUGGAUGAAGCUUCCUUCGGAGUGAUAUUUAAUGAUACUAGUGCAGGAGAGUAUGGUAGACCACUGUUACUGGUGCAAACACAGUCCAAGACAGAAGAAGAGGACACUUCAUUUUCUCAGAAACGUCAGGGUAAAAAGAGUCUCAUGUCACCAAAGCCAAGACCUCCCCGCUCCAUCCAAGACCAAUUACCUUGCUCCCGGCAUCCUAUGCGAGUUGAGCUUCGUAAGACUCUGAGGUGGAAACAUGUUGUCAUUCCCCAGUUCUAUGAGGCUUACAGAUGUGCAGGAGCUUGCAGAUUUCCACUGGGCACAAAUGUGAACCCAACUGACCACGCCAUCAUUCGGGCAACUUUGUUUUCAGCCGGAAAAGACAAAGGAACUGGGAAGCCCUGCUGUGUUCCUGUUAAGUUACGGGGCAUAAGCGCCAUCGAGUACCGAAAUGGCGAAUUUCAAAUGCUCUACCAUGAUGAUAUGGUUGUUCAGCAAUGUGGAUGCCGCUAGUCUUACGAAUCUUGCCUUAGUAUUAGAUGAAAACGGGCGUAAACGGCCCAGGAUUGUGUAGAAGUCUUGGAUCGUUUUCGUUUAAGGCACACUGUCGAUAUGAUAUAAUGAACCAAAAAAAUGUUGACAUACUGUAUUUGCCUAUGCACAUUUGACGGUCUUCAAGCUUACUAGAGGGCCUACACAGAGUAGAUAAGCGUAUUUUAAUUCAAAGGAAUAUUAUAUAACCCAUUGAAAAAGUACAUAUUUUAAUUAAAAUCUUGUGAUCGACGGAAUUUUCAAAUAAAAAAAAUUAUAAAUUUUUAUUUUUGCCAACAAAAAUUACCAAAUGUCUUUAUACGCUAGUAUAUCUGUUUUUUGUUGUUGUUGCGGUUUUUUUUUUCAAUGA